CCUUUUAUUUUAUUUCCUUUUCCUUGUAUGCUCAAGUCUAUAAUAACCUAACCCUUUUCCACCACCAUCAUAUCAUAUCAUAUCAUAUUAUCUUUCCUUUCUCUCAUCAUCAUCAUGAGUACUCAUCCCUACUUCUCCAAUAACUUCAAUGGUUAUAAUACUUAUUUUGACCUAAAUAACCCUCCAUUCUAUAAUUUUCCUUCUAAUUACCAUCAAAACAACAUAUCUUUUACAUCUUCUCCUUCAUCUCCACCUCAAAGACAAGCUCUUCCUUUACUUAACCUAAGCCCUACAAAACAUCAUGAAGAUCUUCUUCUUCAAGAAUCUUCCUUUAGUUGUUCUUCCAUGGAAAUAAUGAAUAUGAAAGAGAAAGAACAACAACUAAGUAUAUCAUCAAAUUCUUUAGAUGAUGAUGAUGCUGUUACUGUGGCUUUACAUUUAGGGCUUCCAAGUAUAAGCUCAACUGAUUUAGCUUCUUCAGACAUGUAUGUUGAUUCAGAGAAAGAUGAUGAAAAAGUAGUAACUGUUGCUUCUUCUUCUUCUUCUGAGUGUCCACUGAAUAAAAUUAAUAGAGGUCAGUAUUGGAUCCCUACCCCUGCUCAGAUUCUGAUUGGUCCAACACAAUUUUCAUGCCCUCUUUGUUUCAAAACCUUCAAUAGAUACAACAACAUGCAGAUGCAUAUGUGGGGGCAUGGAUCACAAUAUAGAAAAGGACCAGAAUCACUAAGAGGAACACAACCAACAGCAAUGCUAAGACUCCCAUGUUAUUGUUGUGCACCUGAAUGCAAGAACAACAUUGAUCAUCCAAGAGCAAAACCACUAAAAGAUUUUAGAACACUUCAAACACAUUACAAAAGAAAGCAUGGAAUAAAACCAUUUAUGUGUAGAAAAUGUUGCAAAGCAUUUGCAGUGAGAGGUGAUUGGAGAACUCAUGAGAAAAAUUGUGGUAAACUUUGGUAUUGUUCUUGUGGGUCCGAUUUUAAGCACAAAAGAUCAUUAAAAGAUCAUAUCAAAGCUUUUGGAAAUGGACAUAAAGCUUAUGGAAUUGAUGAAUGUCUUGAUCAAGAUGAUGAACAUGGUGGCUCUGAAAUUGAGCAAGAAAAUGAAUCUUUUCAGUCAUAGUUUGAUUUAUUUGAAGAAUGAAUGUGUUUUAACUAUAAAGACAAGAAAGCUGUGGACAUGUUUUGCACUAAUUAUAAUGUUGACUAUAAGACUGCAUUCAUGACUAAA